AGAGAGCGCCCUGCUUUGAAUUCUGUGCACAGACAUCCGGAACUUUCUGGCUGUUUGCUCCUCUCUCUGGCCGAAGAGCGCGCUGUCCUGAGGAUUCGCACAUCUCAGUGUGGCUCUGGUGUCAGUCGGUGCUUUCAAUGUCCUGCACUUUUAUUGUCCCGUCGGGAGCCCUUAAUCCUUAGCACAGUUUGGGAGGGCGGGAGAGCAGCGGGAGCCGGCAGAGCCCGGCUCGGUUCGGGGCAUUGUGGCAUCACCUGCGCGUCCGUGGCAACCGUGGAAUUCCCGCUGCGGCUCCGCGUUUGUCGCAGCUGGUCCCAGCCCUGCAGUUCCUGCGGUGCCGGAGCCGCUGCCCUCCGACCGUCCAGCUCGUCGUGCUGGAGGAGGAGCAGCAUCGCCACCGCUCCAGGCACCGCCGGCAGCCUGUCCGUUUAUAGACUUUGAAAGCUGUAUUUUCACCACCAUGAGCUCACAGACUUCAGUCAACAUCUCUUCUGGGGAAGCUAAUCGAUCAGGCAGUGAUAUACAAGGACCUCCUCAAGACAGAAAUCAACCAGAAAUGGACACCAUUGAAAAUUUGAGAAAGAAACUCCAGGCACUUGAGAAAAAAUACUUGGAUUUAACCAGUCAACACAAUCAAGAUAUGUCACACUAUGAAAAAGAUUUAAUGAAAUUAAGGUUAGAACUGGAGAGAGGAGAGGCUCUUCGUCGAGUUCUGGAGAGUGAAAUGUCCUUUGCUAGAAAAGACGCUCAGGUGCAGAUGUAUUCUGCAGAGGAUGAGAUAUGUGAGGCAAAAGCCAAGCUUUUGGAACUGCAAGAAUCCUUUCAGCCUCCAUUUGUACCUCAAGGAAUCAGUUCACCUCGUGCUCCUGCUCGUCAUGUACACUGGGGACAGCCUACACACAUAACUUAUUAUUUGUCAGAAAGUGGCACACCCUCUGGUAGAGCAUCCUACGGAAUCUCCUCUUCGACUGGAAGCGACACAACCACUGAUUCUGUUCCAAGUUUCUUCAUACCCCGGGGAGUCAGUACUCCUGUUGCUCCUGCUCCUGAUGCAUGUUGGAGAGAGCUUAGUGAUGAAGUCUUUACCUCUGGGAGAGAGCUUAGUGAUGAAGUUUUUACCAGCGGGGCAGAAAGUGAGUUUGACCCGAGUUACAGCCGACAUUUCGGACCGCUGCAACCUGCAACCAACGAAACCACAGAUUUGAUGCACUACAGAAAAAGCGACUCUGACUUAUAUGACGUUCUCUGGAUAACUCAUGAACCAAGUCUGCUUAAAAUCCCCCUCCCCAGUGGCAGGAGUGGCAAGACUUACAGCUUGCAACAACCAACAACGACCACGUAUGUCCAAGUUUGCCCAAGUGGAAUCGAAACUAUCUCAUGGCUGGAUGAUUCCUCCCGUAUUAGGCCGUUAAGUACUUUCACCAUGUCCACUCCCUCCUGGGAAAGGAUUAGAGCUCCAGUUGGUGCUCCAGUUCAUCCUCCUGCUCCAGUUAAUGCAUCCUUCAGGGGCAGACAACGCAGAGCCCAUUCUUUGCCUCCAUUCAAAUCUGUCAGCCAGGAUAAGUCAUCCAACCCCAGAAGUACUCAGGACAUUUAAUUGUCGGAGUCUUGGCUGUGACAGUUUUCCUAAGGAAUAUCUCAGCUUCAGAAGGGAAAAAGUCCUAGAAAUUAAAAAAGAGCUAAUUAAAGUACAGCUUUACCUACCUUUGUAUUGU